CCGGCCGGCCGGCGCCUGGAGGGCGAUGGGCUCGGAGUGGAGCCGCCCGGAGGAGCGCGAGCCCCUCUUGCAGCCCCCGCCGCCCGCGCCCCCGCCGGCCUUGUCCCCCGCGCGCCAUGCGGGCCCGCUCCCCGCGCGCCGCCCGCUGCUGCCUCUGCCGGGGCCUCCCAGCCGGGUCUACGGGCGGCGCUGGCUGGUGCUGCUGCUCUUCUCGCUGCUGGGCCUGGCCCAGGGCCUGGUCUGGAACACCUGGGGCCCCAUCCAGAACUCCGCCCGGAAGGCCUUCCACUUCUCCAGCCUCGACAUCGCCCUCCUCGUCUUCUGGGGGCCCAUCGGCUUCGUGCCCUGCUUCUUCUUCAUGGGCCUCAUGGACAAGAAGGGCCUCAGAGUAACUGUGCUGUUAACAUCAGCCCUCAUGGUGGUAGGAGCUGGCCUGAGAUGUAUACCUGUAUCAGACAAAGAGAAAAGGAAAUUGUUGAUUCAUGGAGGGCAACUGUUGAAUGGAUUGGCAGGCCCAACCGUAAGCAGCGCUGCUCCAUUUCUUUCUACAACAUGGUUUUCACCUGAUGAGCGUGCCACUGCCACAGCCAUUGCAUCUUUGCUCGUUUACCUUGGUGGUGCAUGUGCAUUUUUAGUAGGGCCCUUGAUAGUUCCAGGGCCAAACGGUACCUCAGCAAUUCCACUUCCACAUGAUACCAGCACUGAGCUUAUAAAGGACCGCAUUGAAGCUGUCCUAUAUGCAGAAUUUGGCUUUGUGGCACUGAUAUUCUCUGCUGCAUUAGCCUACUUCCCAUCACGGCCUCCAUUUCCACCCAGUGUGGCUGCAGCUAGCCAGAGACUGAGUUAUGGAAGAAGUUUUUGUAGGCUAUUAAGCAACCCCCGGUUCCUGAUGAUUGCUUUAGCAUAUGCCAUCCCAUUGGGGGUUUUUUCUGGGUGGUCUGGUGUUCUAGACUGGAUUUUAACCCCGGCUCACAUAAGCCAAGUGGAUGCAGGUUGGAUUGGAUUUUGGUCUAUUGUAGGAGGCUGUGUGUUCGGCAUAGCAUUAGCAAGGUUUGCUGAUUUUAUCAGAGGAAUGCUGAAACCUAUACUUCUCCUGUUACUGUCAGGAGCAACUCUGUCAUCCAUCUGGUUUACUUUGACAUGUUUAACCACUGUCAUCCACCUCCCUUUAACCACAGCCACAUUGUACACAUCCUCCAUUUUGCUGGGUGUCUUUUUGAACAGCAGCGUACCUAUAUUCUUUGAACUCUUUGUGGAAACAGUCUAUCCAGUUCCAGAAGGAAUUACCUGUGGUGUGGUCACCUUCCUGAGCAACAUGUUUAUGGGAAUACUCUUAUUUUUUCUCUUUUUCUACCAUGAAGAAUUCUCUUGGUUUAACUGGUGCGUUCCAGGGUCCUGCUUGCUGAGUCUUCUGCUCAUCCUGUGUUUCAGGGAAUCCUACGAUAGACUUUAUCUUGAUGUCAUUGUCUCCGUUUGAAAGCACAAAACAGAGUGGAAGAUAGAAGCUAGUGCUGUGCUCGACCCAUUUCCUUCGAAAUUCAAUAGCCCAAAGUUCACAGUAAAACUCAAGAAAUUUCUUACCAUGGACGUUUUAAUUGAAUUUAGAAAGACUUUUUUUUAAAAAAGUAUACUUCCUCGUUUCGUAUUUUAUUAUUUACACAAUUAUGAAGAGCCUUGCACUUGAAGGAGAAUUAGAUGGCUUUUAAGGGAGAAGUUCUAGCUUGUGAACUGUGAUAUUUUAUUUAAGAAGCUAUUUAACUGGUUAUACAAACUGUGCCAACUCAGACCACUCACAAAGAGAAGUAUCAUAGCAAUAUCAUGUCGUUUAAGGUUUAUAAGGGAAGAGUCCCUAUUCAUAAAAAAAAAAAACAUAAUCUUUUGGGAUCCUGCAUUAUCAAAUGAAAAUUCUGACCGUUCUCAAUUUGUUUUGCUUUAGAUAAAAAUUUACUUUUAGGGUUUUAUAAAUAGGUAGGUGCUAUUGAGAAGGUUUUCAGUGUAGGCUUCAGGGAUGAACAACAUGCUUAACCCUCCCAGGGAGGGACCAUCCACACUGCAGAAUUAUAGCGCUUUAGCACCACUUUAUUUGCCAUAGCUCCGCCCUAUGUGAUUCUGGGAUUUGUAGAAUAAAAAAAAACCUCUCAAAACUACCAAUCUGAGAAUUCCAUAGCAUUGAGCCAUGGCCGCCAGUGUUGUGUCAAAUUUUAUAAUUCUGCAGUGUGGAUACAGUGUGAGUCUAUUCAGAAUUAAAAUAACAGAUUAUGUAUCAUCUAUGACAUAGAUUUUUAGAAUAAUUACAUGACUAUAUAUUUAAAUUCCCUGUGAAGUCUUAAUAUGUCAUUUGGACAUUAGAUUUGUUUUCUAAUGUAGCUGCUUCUGAUUUUUAAAAUAAAUAAAUAAAAUGCUUUUAUUCCCUUCCCUCCAAAAACAACACAAUCACACAAAUACAGUUCUCGACACUGAAGGAUCUUCUGGCAAUUGGUGCUAUACAUUCAGUUGCAGCCAUAGUAUGCAUAAUGACAUUGUCAAGGAACGGUGAUAGUAAUCCUGAUUUAGUCCUGAAAUGUUUCUUUUGUAUCCCUCUUUGGGAACGUUCAUUUUUCACACCCAGACAAUGCACACCCAUCUCCCAAAGUUUUGCAAACCUAAUUAAACCAAGAUUUUGCCUUUUCUUUAAUGUUUACUUCUCUAUUUAUUCUGAGUUUUAAAGAUUGCCAAUCAUGUGUGAUCAUUUGGAUU